GACUUACGUUUUGGUUGUGUGAGGACCUGGCGGUGUGCAGCCUGGAAACAGUGCGAGGAAAUAAAAGAAAAACUCCAGGAGUUCUUCAUUGUUUCAGAUAUAAAGCCGGAGUUUCCGUCAGGUACAGGCUGCCAGAGGUGUUUUUGACACCGCACCUUACAAGACCUUUACACCAUGGAGGCAGAUCUGUAUGAUGAGUUUGGUAACUACAUCGGGCCGGAGUUGGACUCCGAUGAAGAUGAAGAUGUGGAUGCAGACGAGAGAGAUGCAGAUGAGGCUGAUGAUGAUGAUGAUGAUGAAGACCAGGUUGAGGGGGAUGAGGAUGGUGGUGGAAUGGAGGUGGUACUACAUGAGGAUAAAAAGUACUAUCCUACUGCAGAGGAAGUCUAUGGGCCUGAAGUGGAAACCAUUGUACAAGAAGAAGACACACAGCCCCUGACUGAGCCUAUUAUAAAACCUGUCAAAACAAAGCAGUUCACUCUAAUGGAGCAGGAGUUGCCAGCAACAGUUUAUGACAUGGAGUUCCUUGCUGAUUUGAUGGACAGUUCAGAGCUGAUUCGAAAUGUUACUCUGUGUGGGCACUUGCAUCAUGGCAAGACAUGCUUUGUUGACUGCUUGAUUGAACAAACUCAUCCAGAAAUCCGAAAGAGAGAUGAUGCUGAUCUGCGCUACACGGACAUCCUUUUCACUGAACAAGAGAGAGGAGUUGGUAUUAAGAGCACACCAGUGACAAUGGUGCUGCCUGACUCAAAAGGGAAAUCAUACCUGUUCAACAUUAUGGACACUCCAGGUCAUGUGAAUUUCUCUGAUGAGGUCACUGCAGGGAUGCGCAUCUCAGACGGGAUUGUGCUGUUCAUAGACGCUGCAGAGGGGGUUAUGUUGAACACAGAACGGUUGAUUAAGCAUGCAGUGCAGGAGCGAUUAGCGAUAACCAUCUGCAUUAACAAAGUGGACCGACUGAUCUUGGAGCUUAAGCUGCCCCCUACUGAUGCUUACUACAAACUGCGUCACAUAGUGGAUGAAGUCAAUGGCAUGCUGAGCACAUAUUCAACUGAUGAGUCUCUGGUAGUGUCUCCUUUGUUGGGCAAUGUGUGUUUUGCUUCACCACAGUACAGCAUCUGCUUUACACUUGGGUCUUUUGCAAAAAUCUACGCUGAUACCUAUGGUGACAUAAACUACAAUGAGUUCGCAAAGAGACUAUGGGGAGACAUCUACUUUAACCCCAAAACGAGGAAGUUCACGAAGAAAGCCCCCAACAGCAACUCGCAGCGCAGUUUUGUGGAGUUCGUUCUGGAGCCGCUUUACAAAAUUCUCUCGCAGGUGGUCGGUGAUGUGGACACAUCAUUGCCGCGAGUGCUGGAUGAGCUGGGAAUCCACUUGACCAAGGAGGAGCUCAAACUCAACAUUAGGCCUCUUCUGCGCCUUGUGUGCAACCGCUUCUUUGGAGAGUUCACAGGUUUUGUGGACAUGUGCGUGCAGCAAAUCCCCUCUCCUCACAGUGGCGCCAGAGCAAAGAUUGAACACAGCUACACGGGAGGACUGGACUCAGACCUCGGGGAGGCCAUGGCUGAAUGUGAUCCUGAUGGUCCCCUGAUGUGUCACACCACUAAGAUGUACAGCACAGAUGAUGGAGUUCAGUUCCACGCUUUUGGGCGGGUUCUGAGUGGAACUCUUCAGGCUGGCCAGCCAGUCAAGGUUUUGGGAGAGAACUAUACUCUGGAGGACGAGGAGGACUCACAGGUGUGCACUGUUGGUCGCCUGUGGAUAUCUGUAGCCAGGUACCAGAUUGAAGUGAAUCGUGUUCCUGCUGGUAACUGGGUGCUAAUUGAAGGGUGUGACCAGCCUAUUGUCAAAACAGCCACCAUCACAGAGCCCCGGGGCACGGAAGAGGCUCAGAUCUUCAGGCCGCUGAAGUUUAACACUGCCUCAGUGAUCAAGAUUGCUGUGGAGCCUGUCAACCCUUCUGAACUACCCAAGAUGUUGGAUGGCCUCAGGAAGGUCAACAAAAGUUACCCCUCCCUCACAACCAAGGUGGAGGAAUCUGGUGAACACGUUAUUCUAGGCACAGGUGAGCUGUACCUGGACUGUGUGAUGCAUGAUUUGAGGAAGAUGUAUUCAGAGAUUGAUAUCAAGGUGGCUGAUCCAGUAGUGACCUUUUGUGAGACAGUUGUGGAAACAUCUUCCCUCAAGUGUUUUGCUGAAACUCCGAAUAAAAAAAACAAGAUUACCAUGAUUGCUGAGCCUCUGGAGAAAGGGCUUGCUGAGGACAUUGAGAACGAGGUGGUGCAGAUUACAUGGAAUAGGAAGAAGCUGGGAGAGUUUUUCCAGACUAAGUACGACUGGGAUUUGCUCGCUGCUCGUUCAAUCUGGGCUUUUGGACCCGACACCACUGGGCCCAACAUCUUAGUAGACGAUACGCUGCCCUCAGAGGUGGACAAAGCUCUCCUUGGCUCGGUGAAGGACAGCAUCGUACAGGGCUUCCAGUGGGGAACUAGGGAAGGCCCACUAUGUGAUGAACCCAUCCGUAAUGUGAAGUUUAAGAUUCUGGAUGCAGUAAUAGCCCAGGAGCCGUUACACAGAGGAGGAGGACAGGUCAUUCCCACUGCAAGAAGAGUUGUCUAUUCAGCUUUCCUCAUGGCCACGCCCAGGUUGAUGGAGCCCUAUUACUUUGUGGAGGUUCAAGCUCCUGCUGACUGUGUAUCUGCUGUCUAUACUGUACUGGCACGCAGAAGAGGUCAUGUGACACAGGAUGCACCAAUCCCAGGCUCACCUCUAUACACCAUCAAAGCUUUCAUCCCUGCAAUUGACUCUUUUGGGUUUGAGACAGAUCUCCGCACACAUACGCAGGGGCAGGCUUUCGCCCUCAGCGUGUUCCACCACUGGCAGAUUGUUCCUGGUGAUCCUCUGGAUAAGAGCAUUGUGAUUCGUCCAUUGGAGCCUCAGCCUGCCCCUCACCUCGCCAGAGAGUUCAUGAUCAAGACCCGCAGACGCAAGGGUCUGAGUGAGGAUGUCAGUAUCAGUAAGUUCUUUGAUGAUCCUAUGUUGUUGGAGUUGGCCAAGCAGGAUGUGGUGCUUAACUAUCCUAUGUGAAAACGACUGUCCAAAUUAUUGGCCUUGCAUACCCCCAACUGCUUCGUAUCGGCAGCAGUCCAGCCAUGUCCGGGGAUUUUGCCCCAGCUGCUGUUUGAUUAUGCCAUUCCCCAGUGUCAACUUUUGGGGGAUUUCCAGGCGGUACAGAGAUCCUCUUUUUAACCCAUCUUCAGUUGUCGCAGUACUCCAUUUCAGAACACACGCACAGAGGGAGGUGUCAUUCUGUCCAAUUACUGUUAUCAACAGCUUUCCCCUCACCUGUCUUGCUGACCUUUUGUAUGGAAGAAAUCUUCCUGUCUCUUUGAAUGCCUCACACAACCUUUCCACUGACAGGUGUGUUUAUUUUUAUAUAUGAGAGCAAGAAGGUUUUUGUACAGUAAAAUGAUGAGAAAAAAGCAGGCAGAAAUCUUUUGUAGAAUUGAUGUGAUGUUUGUAUGGGUUAAAAUAAAACAAUUCUGCCUAGAAA